AUGCUCGUUAGUCGUGCACGCGCAUCUCAGAUUACGCAUUUUUAUGCAUAUAAGCCGUCCGGUUAUUGGAUGGGAGAGGAAGGUUCUCAACGAUAUAAUCGUGGUAAUGUCGCUAUUAGGCCGCAAGAUACCACACAGCUCCAUAAUAUGUUGCCGCCUAGUCGCAGUGAAUUAUAUGAUGCGAUGUGCGUGAUUUUCGCUGGUCAUGCGCAAAAGCCUUCACGUGACACUGUCAAGCAAAUGCAUCCUGUACUUGUCACGAAGUCGACAGUGAAAGUAUUGAUUGAUUUUUUGCUGGCUAAUAAUCUGUGGUAUCAGCAAUGUGGUGUUUUGUAUAGUCAAGAAAAUAUGGAUAAUUUAUUUGAUGAAUGCGAUGCCGAUUUAGAUUCUAGUGUGCUGCAAGCAUUGGAUAUAUGUCAUUUGCCUAUGGAUAAUGAGAUGAGCGAAAUGUCUGGUAUGGAGCCUCGAGAUUUAGAUCCUCCACAAGAUGCGGACGCAGGUGAUAUCGUUAUUGAAGCCGUCGGUUUUACUAAGGGCGAUCAUUCAUCAACUAGCAAAGAGAAAAUGAAACUGCAUGCGUUGGCAUAUGCAGGCUCUCGCUUUCUUUCUGAUAAUGAUCCAGGCUUGAUGUCUUUUCUAUUCCCGCACUUAGAUCCCUGGGAUAUUGUACAACAAUAUUUAACAAUGGAAGCUCAAGUCAAAAAUUUGCUUCGUCAAGAUAAUUCGCCUUUCGUAAACGAUCAAAAUUUCGCGUUCAUCUGUUGGAAUAUGAUACAAAAGAAAGAGGUUAGCAGGAAUACCACUUUUCGCAUUACGCAAGACUUAAAGGAUAAAUGGACGCGUUCUGAAAAGAAAGCUGCUCGAAUUUUAAGGCGAUUACAUGCAUCUACGAAGUCGUUGAAGGGGAGUGCAGGAUAUAAGUUGUGCCGCAGAAAUGAGAUCCGUUCGUUGAUGAAGAGAUUCAGUACGCCUGCAUUGUUUGUCACGAGCUUGAAGAGUGGUCUAUGA